GUUAGAGACAGAAUGUUCUGGGAAAAGUCAAGCUCCCAGAUCGUCUCAACCAAUCAGGCUCCCCGUGGAGGGAAUUCAAGAUUUAGGAGGUUAAAGUUAGAGACAGAAUGUUCUGGGAAGAGUCAGAGUACACUAUUACAACAAUAGCUGGAAUGAAAUCCAUCAUCCAAGUGUACAAACACUGUUUAUUUUUUCCAGAUGAUUCAUUUCAUUUUCAGAGCCGUUCAUGUAAUUUAUAUUCACCAAUGGCGCAAUAAAGAGAUUUAUUGACUUGUUGCUGUGUGUAUAUAUAUAAAGCCGUACGCAGACUCUUACUACAGAUGCUUUGAACUUCUCAGUUCUACACAGAAGAGGCUGCUUUACAAACAUGAAGGGGAUACUCAUGGGGCUGCUGAGCUUUUACAUUCUGGCUUUGUCAGGGACAGGGCUCUCUUCUGAGACCAACAACAACAGUCCAGAGAUUUGCUGUUCCCUUACGAAAGACCAGUGCAAUGACCUGGCUGUGCGUCUGACUAACCUCGAGGACAAGCUGAAGGCAACAUCAGAGACACCCAAGAUUGCGUUUUCGGCUAUCCUGUUUGAUGGAAAAACUGAAACCCUGGGUCCUUUCAACGCUGCGACAACUUUAGUGUUUGCCAAGGUUCUCACAAAUAUCGGCAGUGCCUACAACUCAAACACGGGCAUUUUUACAGCUCUUGUGCCUGGUACGUACUACUUCAGUUUCACUGUGUUUUUCCACCUGAAGGCAAAUCUCUACGUUACUUUAAUGAAGAACGCAGAUCGCAUCGUUUCAGUGUGGGACAAUCAAGGGGGAGACACUAACGACAGUGGGACCCACACGGUUACCCUGCAGCUGGAAGUAGGAGACCAUGUGUACGUGAGGCUCAAUGAGAACAAACAGAUCUAUGAUGACGCAAAUCACUACAACAGUUUCAGCGGUUUUCUGCUGUUCCCUUUGUAAUUUCUGUAUUCAUGAUUUGAUAUCAUGUGAACAUUUUGUGCACACUAUAAUUUAGCACGUCUGUCUGUUGAGAGAGGCCGACCGGGGUGGGGGUUGCUGGCUUGUGCAAAGCUGGGCUCACCUCUCUCUCUCUCUCUCUCUCUCUCUCUCUCUCUCUCUCUCUCUCUCAAAAGCCCAGAUGUAGUCUAGGAAUGCUUAUAAUAACAUGUUGUUUUAUAUAUGGUUUAUAAAAUGUUAAUUCAGAUAUUCAGCUUAUAAUAUUGCUAAGGGAAUAGAUAAUUCAUAUAUCCAUCUUUAUGCCGAUGACACUAUUUUAUAUUCAAUUGGCCCUACUCUAUCAUCAGUGUUAUCAGACUUGCAAACAAGUUUCAAUCAGAUUCAAAAGUCCUUUUGUGAUCUACGUCUAUUGCUUAAUGUAAAACUAAAUGUAUGUUAUUUAAUAGGGGACGUGCAAAUGUUACCAAUCCUGCAGUUCUUGAGCAAGGCUGCAGAAUUAGUACCUUUUGUAAGGUUGAGCAAGCAGAAGUUUAUAAAUAUCUGGGUAUUUGGCUAGACAGUGCACUUACUUUUAAACCACAUAUCGUUAAACUACGAUCGAAAGUUAGAGCUAGACUCAGCUUUCUUUACCGAAAUAAAUUAUGCUUCACACGGCCAGCUAAGUAUUUACUGGUACAGAUGUCUGUACUACCCAUUUUAGAUUAUGGAGAUGUCAUUUAUAAAGCUGCUUCUAAUGCUGCCCUUAGGAAGCUUGAUGCUUUAUAUCACUCUGCAAUAAGAUUUGUCACUGGUGUCCCUACCGCUCUCAUCACUGUGAUCUCCACACUAUGGUUGGCUGGCCGUCACUUCAAACAUGCCGGCUAUGUCAUUGGUACAGACUCAUUUAUAAAACCCUAAUCGGGAAAUCACCCCUCUAUCUAAGAGAAUUGUUGACUAUAUCGGUCUCCUCUUACAACCUCCGAUUCAGCAAUUUGAUUAGUUUAAUUGUCCCUUGUGUUUUUACUGCUGUUGGGCAUAACUCAUUCCAAUAUGCAGCUGCUCACGAUUGUAAUGAGUUACAAUCAAGGCUUAAACUCCCUGGUUUUAUCUCAGAGGGUGCUUUCUUUUCUAGGCUUGAAUCUCUUUUCCCUGUUUCAUGUGCUUGUCAGAGCAGACACUGAUUUUAUUAGUUUUUUUUAUUAUUAUUUUGUAUUGCUGUAAUGUUUCUAACUGUCUAUGUAGUGUUGUCUGUUGUAUUUAUGCUGCCUCUUGGCCAGGUCGGCAUUUUAAAUGAUAACUUCUUCUCAAUGUCUUUACCCUGUUAAAAAAGGUUUGAAUUGAAUUGAAUUCACUAUUAAAUAAAGACAGUAUGACUAUAUACAAUAAAAAAUCUGCAUUUUUAUGCUAUUCACAA